AAAAGGGCAGGCUAGGUUGCGCGGGGUUGGGUGGUGGUUGCCGGGCCGCAGGGAAGCCAUCGCGGCGGCAGUGCGGCGUCCAGAAGGAGGGGGCGGCUGUUGGCAGCUGCGCGACUUCGGCCCGGCCAGGCUCAGCGGGGGCGGCCCCGGCCAUGGAGUCCUACGAUAUCAUCGCCAACCAGCCCGUAGUCAUUGACAACGGUUCGGGAGUAGUAAAGGCUGGUUUUGCUGGAGAUCAGAUCCCAAAAUACUGCUUCCCGAACUAUGUGGGUCGUCCGAAGCAUGUCCGGGUCAUGGCUGGGGCAUUAGAAGGAGAUCUCUUCAUUGGACCUAAGGCAGAGGAGCAUAGGGGAUUGUUGUCUAUUCGGUACCCCAUGGAACAUGGUAUCGUUCGGGACUGGAAUGACAUGGAAAGGAUCUGGCAGUAUGUUUAUUCCAAAGAUCAGCUGCAGACAUUCUCAGAAGAGCAUCCCGUUCUCCUGACAGAAGCCCCUCUAAAUCCCAGCAAAAACCGGGAAAAGGCUGCAGAGGUUUUCUUUGAGACCUUCAAUGUUCCCGCUCUCUUCAUCUCCAUGCAAGCUGUCCUCAGUCUUUAUGCCACAGGCCGCACUACAGGAGUGGUGCUCGAUGCAGGGGAUGGAGUGACACACGCGGUACCCAUCUAUGAGGGCUUUGCUAUGCCCCACUCCAUCAUGCGGGUAGACAUUGCUGGGCGGGAUGUUUCCCGUUACCUCCGCCUGCUGCUGCGGAAAGAAGGCUAUGACUUCCACACCUCAGCUGAAUUUGAAGUGGUCAAGACAAUAAAAGAGAGAAAUUGCUACUUGUCCAUCAACCCCCAGAAGGAUGAAGCUCUGGAGACGGAGAAGGUGCAAUACACACUGCCUGACGGGAGCACUUUAGAUGUUGGUCCAUCCAGAUUCCGAGCUCCGGAGCUGCUCUUCCAGCCAGACCUAAUAGGAGACGAAAGUGAAGGGAUCCAUGAAGUACUUGCAUUUGCCAUCCAGAAAUCUGACAUGGACCUGAGGAGGACGCUGUUUGCAAACAUUGUCCUGUCUGGGGGAUGUACACUCUUUAAAGGCUUUGGGGACCGACUGCUCAGCGAAGUGAAGAAACUGGCUCCAAAAGAUGUAAAAAUUAAGAUCUCUGCUCCUCAGGAGAGGUUAUACUCUACAUGGAUUGGUGGCUCUAUUCUGGCCUCCCUGGACACUUUUAAGAAGAUGUGGGUGUCCAAGAAGGAGUACGAGGAAGAUGGGUCGCGGGCCAUUCAUCGGAAGACCUUCUAGGGUGGGGGUGGGGCGGCGGCAGCAAAGCACUUGGGCGACUCAUCCUGAUUGUGUCUUUUCUCUCUUAACCCUUUCCUGUCCAGGGCUAUUCCCUCCUUGUUGGUCGGGGCCAAUCCCUGCCUUCCUCCUGGGCCUCAUGCUUACCUGUCUUAGUGCCCUGUCCAAUGCAUGUCGCUAGCAUGUGCCCCUUGGGUGGGAGGCACAGCUGUAUUUUUGAGGCCUUGGUUGUGGUGGAGAAUGGCAGUGGCCCCAGCCAGGAAAGGAACUCAAAGCUCCAUUCCUUUUCCUGGUCUGUCCCGUAGGAAUAGCACCAUGGGAUCUGUAAUGCUGGUGCUCUUUGUACCAGUGGUAGGAAGAGCAGAGGUAAGACAGAGGUUUGCAUGGUCUUCAGUUUGAUGGAGAACUCUUGGAAAGCUGCAACUGGUAAAGAAGAAUACUGAAUGGAUAAACGUGGCUGCCUGUGGCAGCUGCAUUGACCACUUAAGCCGUAGCAUGGGAAUUGCCCUAAACCCAGCAUAUAUAUCUCUCUCUGCCUGUUGAAUCUGAAAAUAUCCUUUCUUAUGAGGCUGACAGCUGUCCACGCUGAGCAUUCUUCAGUUGGCCUGCAAGUAGGAUCUGACUUCCGGCCAUUUGAGUGCUGUUAGUGCCAAGGUUCUCAAUGGCAGCUGAAGAACUACAUUAGCAUAAGCCCCCGCCUCUCCCCUCCAUCUUUAGAGGCUCCUGUCUGUCAUAGAAAAUCAUGGAAUCAUUUAGUUUCUAGAAGGACAUCAAGGGGAUAAUCAUCAUGAAAGAGAAGGGACUGGUACCAUGGUGGACCCUGUACUUAAACAAAGCGUCACUAGGGGUACAGGGCAAAAGUGUUCUUUUCUGUCCACCGGUCUAGCCACAAAGGGCCCUCAUGCUGUUUACAUUUCAUUAGCUGAUCUAGGCCUGUGACAUUUCAGAGGGGGAGUUCUCUGGUGGACAGGUAAACUCUGCGUAGCUGCCAAACUGGCUGCUGGGCCUAGCCAAACAUUUCCGAUGCAUUGCCUUUGUUUCCCUCACGCCCCGAGAGUUAAGGAGCAUUACUACUGAGACAUAUCUGUGUUGGGGUAAAAGAGAGAAGGCAACUGUGGUGAUUCCCCCCUUCCCACCCACAUCCACACACCUUUUUGCCUUUCUCUGAGAACGGUUUCUCGGACCAACGGCACUUAUUUGGUUAAUGUGAGGCUGGUUGUGAUGGUGGCAGUCUUGCUUACUAGGGACUGAACACCAAGGACACUCUGCCACGCCACCACUGCUUCAUCUUUUUAGGCACUUCGUUUGCAAAGCUGGCCGGUGGGGGUGGGGGUCCUGUGGCAAACGAGCUUGUGUGACUGACCAGGGGCAGAUAAAGUGGCAGGGGAAGUUCAGCUCCUGUUGCCCACAUAACAUUAGAUCCAAACUGGCAACUCCCCCCUCCCUUCCACUUGAAAAGUGAAGAAGGCAUAUAUAAACAACCCCAUCGCUAUCACUGUGGCAGUUCACUUGGAUCCUGGUUUAAGGAAGAAAGUUUCCCUUUCUGCUGUUGGGAGCAACCGAGAUGCUUUCUCUGUUCCUGUCAAAGCUUGCCCCAUAUCAGUAAUUUCCUCCCAGGCCGUUUGGGUGGUGCCUUCUUGGUCAGUGACGACCAUGGCCAUUGGCCCCAAGAGGCAGAUUUCUCCUAAUAUUUUUAAAAAAUACAUCCUAGGCCCUGCUGGACAACUGGAGAAUUAGGUAAGGGUUAGGGUUGCAAUACAGUGUAGGGGUUCCAUGAUAGCCAAAGCAGACAGCCGGGGAGAGGAUGAGAAGCUACCUGCCUUCUGACUUUAGGUGCAUUAUGGCAAUGCUAUUUAGCCUUGGACUGGAAAGGGUUAAUUUUUUUAAAAAAAGAAUGGAACACAUUAAUUUAAAAGAACCCCCUGCUAACGGGUGAGACUGUAUCCCUUAAGGGGCAGUGGCUCUUGCUCCUCCAAGCGUGUGUGUAUAUUGGCUUCUUCAUGUUACCUUAUCCACCACCUAGAUCAAUCUAUACCAAAUGGAGGCAAGUGCAGGCACCCAGCACCCACCCCUCCACCUCUCCGGACUGCAAAUGUACAAUAAUUUAACACAGUUGCCUGUAUUUUUAUUUUGUAAAUUCAUUAUAGUAACUAUAAAUUAACAAACAGAAGCUUCGUAUUUGUUAUCUGUACAGCAACUAGCGAUAGAGGAAGCACAGUUCAGUUGGGUCCUGCCUAACAUUGUAUGAAUUGACUCAGUAAUACAUGUAUUAUAAGCAUGAUGUGUGUGAUGUUCAAAAGAAGGUAGAGAUAAAGGGACAUGCAGCCAUGGACGAGAAAAGCCUGGCUUUUGAAUACGGGAGACCGUGA